CGCGCCCUCCCAUUCGCUCGCUCCCUGCGAACCUGACCCUUCUUGUAUCCCAUGUACAGGAUCAGCGUCCGCACCCGGCCAGGCGAUCGGCCUUCUUGGAUAUCAUGAUGAUCUACCGCCUUCACGCUGGCUGUCCUCUCCAUUGAGCGCACUCAGGCUCUCCAGUGAAGCUGCUUGCCCCUCUGCCCUCACGCUGUGGUUAUAACGCCCGCCCGCCAUGUCUUCUUCACCCGCCUCUAAACGCAAUCUGAAACCCUCACCUCUCGCAGCGAAUCCGCCGCAGAGCUCGCCGUUCGCCGCGUCGAGCGAUCUGCCCGCGCUCCAGCCCGCCACCACGUCAGGUCAAGAGCCCUUCGCAAACGCCCCGCAGCCGCCGACGCCGGGCAACGCGCGGAAGCGCAAGUCUGUGAGCCUCCAGCAGCAGGAGCACAUGGCGAGCACCGCGACCAGCGCAGGCGCCCCGGCGGGCGGCGCGACGGCCACUGCUUCUGCCGCCGAAGUCGAGCCGCCCGCCCAGGAGCCCAAGGCAAAGAAGAGUCGGACAAAUACGCCGUGGACCCCGGCGGAGGAGCAGAGGCUCAAGCAGAUGAGAGACGCGGGGAACAGCUGGAGCGAGAUCGCAAAGACAUUUCCGCAGCGGACGGAGGGGAGCGUGAAAAAGCACUGGUACAAGGACAUGCACUAUGCCGAGUUCGGGGAAGACGAGAGCGCUGCGCUGCUUGCCGCGAUCAAGGAGUACGAGCAGAACAAAUGGAAGGUCAUCGGACAGAAAGUCGGCAAACCUGCAAAAGCAUGCGAACAGUACGCGAAGGAACACUUCGGUGGGAAGUAUUGAGUACUUGAUGCCGUUCACGAACACAGUCUGCAUCUUUCCGGGUUUAGCGCGUUGGGCUUACUUUAUGAUACCAGCUCUCUUGGUUCCUUUUCUCCAUAGAGCAUUGCAUGUGCAGAGCUUCUGUCGGCAGCCGCUCGUCUUUCUUGGAGUCUUCGGCCAUGGGUCCCGGCGAUGGAGUAUACGAGGCAUAUGCGGUUCUUCUUUUGGGUCAAAAUGCCUGGUCAUGUCGGUCACACCUUCGUCGCUUUCGUCUCUCCUCUUUAAUUGCUCUUCUUUUAUAUCUUCUUUCCAUGGGCUUGGCCUUCGGUCGAGGG